AUGAUGUAUGGACAAGUUCAUCACCAUCAAAGGGAUGAAGAUCUGGUCAACCUCAAUGUCGGACGCAUCCAGCACAAGGUGGAGCACUGCGCUCUGCUCCGAUUUCUGAACACACGCGGGUCAGCCAUCCUAGAGCUCUGUGAAGACUACAGCCCUGCCGAGCAGGAAUACUAUUUUGACAGGAGCCCACAAAUCCUUCACUGCGUCCUCAAUUUCUACCAUACUGGCCACUUUAAUGCACUGGAGGAGCUGUGUGUGUUUUGCUUCAGUCAGGAGAUUGAAUACUAGGGUCUUUGCGAGCUGGAUCUGGAAGCCUGUUGUCUUGAUUGGUUCCUUGAGCACAAAGACGAGAGGGAUCAGAAUAUAUGUCGGCAGUCGAGUAAUGAUGCUUCGUCUGGAGAAAUCUCUGUUGUGAGCAGUGACCGGUGGAAGUUUGAGGGUAUGUGGUGCUCAGACGAGCUUAAGUUAAUGUGGCAAACUCUUGAAGAUCCCAGUCACUCCAAAUGUUCCAAAGGUGUAUCUGUCUCCGUCUUGGUCAUUUUGACCUCUAUCGUGGCUAUGUGUAUCCACAGUAUGGCAGAAUUUAGGUAUGUCACUGAUAGCGAGCAUUCUGCACUGGACUUUCUAGAGCUGAUCUGAAUUGUUUUCUUCACAGUGGAAUUUGUCCUGCGGGUCGUAGCAACUCCUCGCCCAUGGAGGUUUUUGGGAAACCCUCUGUAUAUGAUAGAUAUUGCUUCUAUCUUGCCUUUCUAUGUCACACUGGCCUUUGAAAGAUUUGCCAAGGAGAACAGGGAGGAAAACCAUAGUCUGGUCAAAAUGGGAAAAGUGGUUCAGGUUCUCCGUUUAAUGAGGGCCUUCAUGGUCCUAAAGCUUGUGAGACACUCAAAGGGUUUGAGAGCUUUUGGGGAUAAUCUAAAGUACUGCCAAUAUGAGCUGGGUCUUCUCAUUCUUUUUAUUGCCGUUGGAAUAUCAUUCUUCUUGACUUUGAUCUACUAUACUAAAAAGGUGGACGGUUCUUCCAAACUAUCUACCAUUCCUAAUUGUUAGUGGUGGGCCAUUAUUUCUAUGACUACAGUAGGCUAUGGGAAAGUAUGUCCACAGACAACAGCUGGGAGAAUUGUAGCCACCCUUUGCAUUCUCUGUGGUUUACUUGUGGUUUCUUUACCUAUCACCAUCAUCAUGAACAACUUUUCUAAAUACUUUGAGAGAAAUAAUGAUAAGAAGUGUCUUUUAGCAGCUAAGAAAUAG